GAAGCCGGAAGCGGCCGCUGUCCGCAGCACAGACUAGGGGCGGAGAGGUGGAGGUCUGCGCCUUGGGGUUCGUGAACCCCGCGAUGGACCCGGACCGGACAGUCGCGCGGCGGAGGUCAUCGUUGCUGCUGCUGCGGCUGCUAUUGGUGGCGCUGCUGUGGUCGGGGCUGGCUCUGGGCACCUUCUCCUUGGGCAGCAGUUCCCACCGGGUCCUCCACGACCUCCUGUCGGAGGAGCAGUUGCUGAAGGUGGAGGACUUGUCCCUGGCUCUACUGCAGGGCGGAAGGAUGGGGCCACUGUCACUACCCCCAGACUUGCCGGAUUUGGAUCCCGAGUGCCGGGAGCUGCUGCUGGACUUCGCCAACAGCAGCGCAGAGCUGACCGGGUGUCUAGUGCGCGGCGCCCGGCCGGUGCGCCUCUGUCAGACCUGCUAUCCCCUCUUCCAACAGGUCGCCAGCAAGAUGGACAACAUCAGCCGAGCCGUGGGGAAUUCCUCAGAGAGUCAUAAUUGUGCCAGAAGUCUCUUAAUGGCAGAUAGAAUGCAAAUAGUUGUGAUUCUGUCUGAGUUUUUCAAUUCCACAUGGCAGAAGGCAAAUUGUGCAAAUUGUUUAACGAACAAAAGUGAAGAAUUAUCAAAUAGCACAGUAUACUUCCUGAAUCUGUUUAAUCACACCUUGACCUGCUUUGAGAAUAACCUUCAGGGGAGCGCACACAGUCUUCUUCAGUUAAGAAAUUAUUCGGAAGUAUGCAAAAACUGUCGUGAAGCAUACAAAACUCUGAGUAGUCUGUACUGUGAAAUGCAAAAAAUGAAUGAACUUGAAAAUAAGGCUGAAUCUGGAACACACUUAUGCAUUGACGUGGAAGAUGCAAUGAAUAUUACUCGAAAACUUUGGAGUCGAACUUUCAACUGUUCAGUCCCUUGCAGUGACACAGUGCCUGUAAUUGCUGUUGCUGUGUUCAUUCUCUUUCUACCUGUUGUCUUCUACCUUAGUAGUUUUCUUCACUCAGAGCAAAAGAAACGCAAACUCAUUCUACCCAAACGUCUCAAGUCCAGUACCAGCUUUGCAAACAUUCAAGAAAAUUCACACUGAAACCUACAGAAUGGAGAAUUGACAUCAUAUCCCAUGGAUGAAUGGUGGAAGACACAGCUUGGUCCAAAAGAAGAUAAACCGUGAUUUAACAAGUCAAGUUCUUAAGAAAUGCAAGGACUUCAGAUUUAUUUUUAAAUAAGAAUUUUCAAUUUUUCUUUCCUGUUCCACCCCCUUUUUAAGGGUUUGGGUAUUUUUAAUUUACAGGCAUAGCAAUGUUGUCUAUUUUAAAGUGUAUUUGUUAUAAUAACAAAAGAUGCAAGAACAAUCUUGUUUUAUUUUGUAGGCAUAUUGUUACUAUUUGAGACUUCCUGUAUCUCCUUAGUUAACAUAGUAUCUCUAGUAGCAAAGUUUUUGAGAACUAACAUUUAAAAAUUAAUCAGUUAUAGCAAAGACUUUGAAAAAAAUUUACUUGCCGAAAAGUAGCAAGUCCAAAGAUUAAGUUUCUCACCAUUGCAGUAUUAUUGUCACAUAUAUUUAAUAUGUCAUAUAUUACAAAUAAUAUGUAAUUCAAUCUCUGGUUUCCUUAAAGUCAUUUUUGAAACCACUAGUUAUAAACCUCCCCCAAAAUUUUUAGAAAUGGAAAGGCACAUUACAUUUAUCUUUGUAAAAAGAUUUAUGGUAACUGGUUUCUUACUUGACUUUUAUAAAUAGUGUUUUACACCUUAUUUUUGCCUUUAUUUCAUAAGUAAUUUGAAAUCACUGGACUGCUUUAUUAUAUUCAGGGUAAGAUGAUUCUUUUUGUACCAGGGAUUUGCAUUGUGGAUUAUAUUAUUUGGCAAUUUAUAAUUUAUUACCACUUUAAAUCAAAUGUAACAUUGUCACAAUGUAUUUAAAUUAUGAUUUUUUAAUAGAGAUUUUCUCUUGGGAUAUAUGGGGAGUUUGGGAGGGGAGAAAAAGGAAGAGUAAAAAAAAGCCUAAGAUUCAGAAAAUAGACAGGGACCAGAGGGGAUGCUCACUAUAAGAAUAUUGAAUGGUUUGUACUGGGGGGUGUGAGUCAGAAAGAGAAUCUGAUACAGAAAGUAGUUCAGUUAAGAUGAUGCUUAUUUUUUUCUAAAUUAUUUAAAUCAGAUAAAAGUGAUAUAUGAUUGAAAUGAAGUCAGAUAGUUCACACUCGAAAACAAAUUCCUUUCUGGAAUGUUUAUAUCAACCUUUCAAAAAAAGCUUCAUUUCAGAAUUGUUCACAUUUUUUUCCCUCAGGUUUUUAGCAUUAGGUGUUUCACUUGUUAAUUCCUUCUAGCUGUCUUGGUGGAAA